CCCCCAUUUCCGACAUACACCUUAAAAAUCAGCCAACACCAGCCCUGCAGGGCCUCAGCUGGACAUCAAGCAGUAUUGGAAGAAACUUGCAAUAAGCUUUUAGAAUAUCCAAAUUGCAUCCUGGAACUGGGGUUGGUAUUGCCUGCUUAAGGAAAAAUGUCUCUUGGGCUAGGACUAAGUGCCCUCUGCUUACUCUUGGGGGCUUUAACAGGGUGUUUCUGUGAACAGUGCAGGGAAGGGGCCAAGUACUCUGAUGCAAUCAUAUCGCCCAAUUUAGAAACGACUAAAAUUAUGCGGGUCCCCCAUGCUGUGUCAAUGUCAGACUGCACUGCAGCCUGUUGUGAUCUUUCUGACUGUGACUUGUCCUGGAUGUUUGAGUGGCAUUGCUACAUCGUCAAUUGUCAACACAAAGGAAACUGUGAGCCCAAGAAAAUGGAGAAGGUGAAGUCUUAUUUGACCUUUGUGCUAAGGCCUCCCCAGAGACCAGCGGCGUUGCUAGGCUACGGGCAGAUGCCGUCCACCAUGAUCCGCUCUAUGACUCUGCAGGAUGACCCAUCGGAGGAAGUAAGUAACCUGAAGGAACUGUCCUUCCUUGGCAAAGAGCACAGUCUCGAGGAGGUACCGGACUACCCAGAUGAGUAUGGGGAUAUGGACCAGAACCCCUUUCAGCUGAGCAUCAAGCAGGAGGAGAAGGAGAAUGUUAACUAUGCCGACUGGGGCUUGAUGUUAACCACUGAGAAUGGCUUCAACUCUUCAGGGCUCAGUAACGGAGAUGAACAUGCAGAGGGGGCAGAACAUGAGGACGAAAACGUUAAUUUGGAAAAGCCAAUCAGUAUAAACGAAUCUGAGGGGAACUCUGUCACAGAACAUCCUGGAGAGGUGCUAGAUGUUACUUUGGCCCCAAUGGAGAAAUCUGCAAGUGAAUUUGAUUUUCAACCACCUCAUGAAGCCAGCAGCACUUGGCGGGAAGAGGUUCUAACACCUUCCCAUAAUCCUCCUCCUUCAGACAUCCUGGGAUUUCUCUCCACCGCUGCAGCACAGACUCAAACAUCUGACCUUGGUAAUCUCAUACAAGAUGAAACCACAUCUGUUCCCACCUAUGCUCUCACCACUCAACCCUCUGCCACAAAUAAAGUGCCAUUUCCCACUGCUGCUGCUAAAUCAGUAAAAGAACUCCUGGUGUCAGCUGGAGAUAAUCUUCAAAUAACUUUACCAAAAAAUGAAGUUGAAUUACAUGCAUUUGUAGUUGCACCAUCACUUUCAGGAACAGCCUAUCGUUAUGAGUGGAGCUUGAUCAGCCACCCUGAGGACUAUGAUGGUGAAAUGGAGGGGAAGCACACAGCAACCCUGAAAGUUUCUCAACUGCCAGUAGGUGCCUAUCUCUUCAAAGUGACUGUUUCGGCUGAAAGCGCAUUUGGAGAAGGAUUUGUCAAUGUCACUGUCCAGCCAGCAAUUCGAAUAAAUCAGCCACCUCUUGCUAUUGUAUUUCCCAAAGCGCAGGAGAUUUCUUUCCCUACCACGUCUACUUCCAUUGACGGAAAUCAAAGUAGAGAUGAUACUAAAAUAGUGAGUUACCACUGGGAAGAAAUUGAAGGCCCCCUGAGAGAAAAGAAGGCAUCAGCCGAUACACCUGUCUUAUACCUGUCUAACCUCGUUCCUGGAAAUUACACUUUCAGGCUAACCGUCAUUGAUUCUGAUGGAGCAGCUAACUCCACCCUAGCCUCUUUGAGAGUCAACAAACAAGUGGAUUAUCCUCCUGUUGCCAAUGCAGGCCCAAAUCAGGAAAUCAAUUUGCCCCAAAGCUCCAUCACACUGAAUGGAAACCAGAGCAACGAUGAUCAUGAGAUUGUCAGCUAUGAGUGGUCCCUCAGCCCCAAAAGUAAAGGCAAGGUGGUAGCGAUGCAGGGAGUGAGAAGUCCAUACCUCCAAUUAUCUUCGAUGCAAGAAGGAGAUUAUACCUUCCAGCUGACUGUUACUGAUUCUGCUGAACAGCAGUCCACAGCGGAAGUCACAGUCAUUGUCCAGCCUGAAAAGAAUAGGCCUCCAACAGCCGUGGCUGGUCCAGAUAAGGAGUUGAUGUUUCCUGUCCAGAGCACUAUUCUUGAUGGAAGCAUGAGCACCGAUGACUUAGGCAUUGUUUACUAUCACUGGGAGAAUAUCAGCGGACCAAGCUCUUUGCAAAUGGAAAAUGUCGACAGUGCAGUGGCAACCAUCACAGGUCUGCAGAUUGGGACUUAUCAUUUCAGACUGACAGUAAAAGACGAUCAAGGACUAAGCAGCACGACCACACUUUCUGUGACUGUUAAGGAGGAAAGCAACCAUCCACCCAAGGCUCGUGCAGGGGGAAAACACCUCCUUGUUCUGCCCAAUAACUCUAUUGCUUUGGAUGGUUCACACUCUACUGAUGACCAAGGAAUUGUGUCUUAUCUCUGGAUUCGGGAUGGCCAGAGUCCAGCAGCUGGAGAUGUGAUAUGUGGCUCGGACCACGAGGCGGUAUUACAGCUUGCCAAUCUUGUAGAAGGGAACUAUAUUUUUCACUUGAAAGUCACCGAUGGCAAAGGAGAUUCCGACAUCGACACAGCUUUUGUGGAAGUGCGACCCGACUCUAUGAAAGAUAGCCUGGUGGAACUGAUCUUGCAAGUUGGCGUUGGCCAGCUGUCUGAACAACAGAAAGAAACUCUUGUGCGACAGCUAGCAGUCCUCCUGAACGUCUUGGAUUCAGACAUUAAAGUUCAGAAGAUACAGGCUUAUUCUGAUAUCAGCACAGCUGUUGUGUUCUAUGUUCAGAAUGGACAUCCUUUCAAAGAGAUAAAGGCUUCAGAUGUUGCACAGAUGCUGCGUUUGCAGCUCUUGAAGGAAAAGCCAGACUUUUUGCUUUUUAAAGUGCUUCGUGUUGACACUGCCGCUUGCCUCUUAAAAUGUUCUGGACAUGGACGUUGUGACCCCAUCACCAAGCGCUGCAUUUGCUAUCAACUGUGGAUGGAAAAUUUGAUACAGCGGUACCUUAACAAUGGGGAAAGUAAUUGUGAAUGGAGUGUACUUUACGUAACUGCAUCUGCUUUCAUUCUGAUUGUGCUGCUGGUGGGGUUAACCUGGCUCUCCAUUUGCUGUUGCAAAAGCAGAAAGAGGACCAAAAUAAGAAAGAAAACAAAAUACACUAUUUUGGAUAACAUAGAUGAUCAGGAGAGAAUGGAGCUCCGUCCCAAAUAUGGCAUAAAACACAGAAGUACAGAACACAAUUCCAGCCUGAUGGUUUCAGAGUCCGAGUUUGACAGUGACCAGGACACCAUCUUCAGCAGAGAGAAGAGGGAAAGAGGGAAUCCAAGGAACAUCAUGAAUGGCUCCGUCAAAAAUGGCGUCACCUUCAGCUACAGCUCAAAUGACAGAUAA